UUUGUAAACAAAAGUUUUGAUAUAUUUUAAAAACUACUAUCUUUGAAUCUUUUAUUAUUUAUGUUACUAAUUAUUAUACAUAGAUAUUGCAGAUAUAUACAGAGAAACGCUAAUAAAACUUUUAGUUGUAUAUUCAGUUAAUAAAAUGAGUACACCGGCAUCCUAUGAUCCCGGUCCUGAACAUUUCCAGCAGUUCCCGUCCAACAGGAUUAUAGUUAUACAUCCCGGAUCACUAUAUGUGCGAAUAGGAAGAGCGUCUGACCUAUUACCAGUGAAACAAUUACACUGCAUAGCAAGAAAACGACGUCCGGGCGGUAAAAUAUAUAGGGACUCGUUCGUUCCUCCCAGCGUGCCGAAAACAAAAGAAUUAAUCGACGAAUUAGAAGAAUGCCGGCUGCAAAUAUCACACACUUUACAAACGUAUGUGCAAUCCAACGGUGCAAGGAGAUAUGCUACGCCUCCGCAACAAAUUGCUGCUUUCAAUCGUCGAUCCCUUCCUGAAUACGUGAGCGAGGGAGAACCAUGGCCUCAAGUGCAGUGCGACAUCGUUAUCGGCGAUCUAGUACUCGAUAUUGACCCGGAAUUACCAUAUAACAUACAUUUCCCAUACAAACGAGGAGAUUUUAACAUACAUUCUGAGGUAGGAGGCUCAGUUUCAUCUGUAUUAAAUGAUCUGUACACCAUAUGGAGUUCCAUUAUAGAAUAUAAGUUGGGAAUACCUCUAAUAGAGCUUGUAAAGUAUAGAUGUGUCUUGUUAAUACCCGAUAUUUACUCGCGAAGUCAUUUGAAAUCUUUAAUGUCAUUAUUAUUAAGAGAUCUAGGGUUUGGACACUGUUUCCUUGUGCAGGAAAGUGUCGGUGCAACUUUUGGUGCGGGUAUAGGCUCUGCCUGCGUCGUAGAUAUUGGGGACCAGAAAACUGCUAUAUCGUGUGUUGAAGACUGUAUUUCACAUAAAACAACUAGGUUGAGGAUGGACUACGGAGCUGGAGAUGUCUGUCAGGCUUUAUCCUGGAUGUUUCAUAAAAGUGCAUUUCCAUAUAAGAAUUGGAAUGAAAAUAUUCCCCGCGACGUUGUUCUGAUGAGGAAUUUGUAUGAAGACUUCUGUCAUGUCAACCUAGAUGUGUGUGGUCCGCAGGAGAAGAACUUCCUCGUUGAUCAUCCCGGUGAUAUCAUCAAUAAAUACACCUUACAAGUUGGUGAUGAAUGUAUUAUAUCACCUUUAUCAAUGUUUUACACUGAUCUACUAAAAAUAACGGGCCCAAAAAUGACAAAGAUACAGAAUCGCCAGCCUAGUGAUCCAGAAGACCCUUUCGAUGGUGAAUUCUUGAGGGAUACAGGGAGGAAACGUGAGACAGCCGAUCCGAGUGCAAACGAAAGUCAGCAGUGUGAAACUGCAAACGAAUCGCAGCCAACAACAAACCAAGAUGAAGAUAUUGUCGUUGACGCAUUAGAAGGUGGUCCUGCAGAUGUUGUUUCAUUAGCUCCUGGCCAGGUACUGGCCUUAGACGCAGCAAUAUUGCAAAGUAUAGACCGAUGUCCAACCGAGGAGUUGAAACGGAAGAUGUACAGUAAUAUAUUAAUAGUAGGUGGUGGAGUGAAAGUCCAUGGUCUUUAUUUGUGGCUUCAAAACCGUUUGGCGUUACAAAUCCCUUACACAUACAAGACUGAGCAGUUAGAGAUAGUAACAUCACCAAAAGACAUUGAUCCAGCUAGUACUGUGUGGAAAGGGGCUGCGGUCAUGUCAUGUUUGGAAUCAGCAAUUGAACUGUGGAUCAAUCAAAGUGAAUGGAAUAAGUUUGGGUUGAGGAUAUUGAGGGAGCGUGCUCCAUUUAUAUGGUAAUUGCUUUAGGAAACUACUGCAAUAAAUACAUUGUUAAUAUAAAUAUAGCUAUAUAAUAGUAUACAUAAUAUAUGUAAAUGCGUUUAACUUCUUUCAUUUAUUAUUGUUA